AUGAAGACAAAUCGAAGAUGCAGAGCCCUGCUAGCAGUGAGUCUGAAUCUGAUGGCUCUCCUCUUCUCUACAACAGCUUUUAUCACGACCCAUUGGUGUGAGGGCACACAGAGGGUCCCCAAGCCAAGCUGUGGGAAAGAGAAGAAGACAAACUGCCUCAACUACAGCGGGAAUGAGACUGCAAAUGAGACAAACCAGAAUGUGGUUCAUUACAGCUGGGAGACGGGAGAUGACCGCUUCCUUUUCAGGUAUUUCCAUACUGGGAUCUGGUACUCCUGUGAGGAAAAUAUCAAUGCUGCUGGUGAAAAAUGUCGAAGCUUUAUUGACCUUGCCCCGGCUUCUGAAAAAGGUGUCCUGUGGUUAUCAGUGGUGUCCGAGGUGUUAUACAUCAUGCUGUUAGUCGUUGGAUUCAGCCUUAUGUGCCUCGAGCUCUUUCAUUCAAGCAGUGUGAUAGAUGGGCUCAAGUUAAAUGCCUUUGCUGCUGUCUUCACUGUGCUUUCAGGUCUCUUGGGGAUGGUGGCACACAUGAUGUAUACCCAAGUUUUCCAAGUGACAGUCAGCCUUGGGCCAGAGGACUGGCGACCACAUUCGUGGGACUAUGGAUGGUCCUUCUGUCUGGCAUGGGGCUCUUUCACCUGCUGCAUGGCGGCCUCCGUUACUACCUUGAACUCUUACACUAAGACUGUCAUUGAGUUCAGACACAAGCGCAAAAUCUUUGAGCAGGGCUUUCGAGAAGAGCAGAACUUCCUAGACCAGGAAGCCAUCAAGUACUUCAGAGAAAGGACUGAGGAGGAGAGGGCUGAGGCUGGGGACCUGAGGUUACAGUGCCUCCAUAGCUGCUCCCCAAAUAGGCUUCACAACACCCAGCUCUAA